AGAAUAAUUGUGACAAACAUGUUAUUUAUAUAAAUAUUUAAUUCUUUUUAUUUAUUCGUACUUGCAGAAAAACUGUUUCCCAUAAUGUAACCACAGACCGUUCGUUAGAUGAGAUUUCUGUUGAUUUAGGAAUGGAAGAACCACAAUCACAAGCAGUACACUUUCAAAACUUUACUGGUAGAAGAAUAAUUGAAUCUAUUUUUACAAUUAAAUGUCAAAUGUGCGGAAUGGAAUCUGAAGUACACACAAAUGGCAAUAAAGACGAAUUAAAUGUGAAUACUUCAGCAGUAAUCGGAAUAGUGUCAAUUGGUGCAGGAUAUUCCCAGCUGAAAGAUUUUUUUUCUAUGUUAAAUAUUCCUAAUAUGACGCAGCGUCGAUAUAACAAUAUUCAUACAAACUUACUAGAGGUAGUUGAAACUGUUGUUUCAAAACAAUUAAAGGACGCCGGAGAAGAGGAAGUUGCCAUUGCAAAAGGAAAGGGUGAUGUAGAUGAUCAUGGCGUUGCUCUUGUUAGUGUUGUGUCCGAUGGUGCCUGGUCAAAGCGUUCAUAUCGAACGAAUUAUAACGCAGCAUCAGGCGUGGGUGUGAUCAUAGGAGAAGCAACAAAAAAAAUUCUGCACAUAGGAGUACGCAAUAGAUAUUGCAGGAUUUGCACAGAACAUUCUACCAACCGACGUACACACAAAUGUUUUAAAAAUUGGUCUGGCCCAUCCACCGCAAUGGAAUCGGACAUUAUUCUUGAGGGAUUCCAACAUAGCGUGGGUGUACAUGGCCUGAAAUAUAUAAAAUUAAUAGGUGACGGGGACAGUAGUGUCACAAAAAAGUUAAAUUCCGUUAAACCCUAUGGGACAUGUUUAAUAGAAAAAGUAGAAUGCAUCAAUCAUUUAUUACGGAAUUUUAGCAAUAAAUUGGUUGAACUUUCUAAAAAAGUGCGUAGCACUAGUGGAAAAUUCGUUCCACUACAACUUCGUAGAAAGCUAUCCACCAGUGUAUUAAGAUUUCGGGUAGCUAUAAAAAAAUCUGCCGAAUAUAGAAAUGGACAAAAUGUUCCAUAUGAACAAAAACUUUUAUUAUUUCAAAAAGAUUUAUCAAAUAUUCAAUCCCAUAUAUUUGGAGACCACCAAAACUGUGCCCAAUACUUUUGUAAUAAAGUAAAUGGCGUAGAUAAUAUAUUUGCAAACGUAAAGGAAUGCGGUUUAGAAGCAGAUAUCAACACCUGUUUGCAACGAAUUAUAUCUAAUUCUUCAUCCUGUUUGCUGAAUAAAAAUAAUAAUAGCGCCGAGGAGUUCAAUAGUUUAGUAAAUAAAUUUAUUGGUGAUCAAUUUCUCUUUAGGGGGAUUCCAGCAACUACGGUGCCACAUUGCAGCAAUUCUGUUCAAUUGUCGAGAGCAUUAUUUAAAGAAAAUUGCAGAAAAUAUGGGAAAGAAAUUAGGACACUACACUGAAAAGUGUUGUGAACAAAA